AUGGCUUCUUGCUUCUUUGGAUUGGGAUGCAAGAGGCCAUGUAGCGAUCACGGCUCCAAUGGAUUUCAACUCCCACCAGUGCAUUCCCGUCCUUCCUCCGAUUCCCGCUGCACCCGAAGCAUCAAUGACUGUUCCAACGACUCAUUGUACAGCAUCGCCUUGUACCGACAACCCAUCAGCGAAUCCGUCGUCUGCGCCAACGACGAACUCUCCGAGCUCGUCGGGUACCUCAACCAAUUAUGUGAAACGGUUACACAGUGCUCUGGAACUGACACAUUUACGACGACCACUGUCAAUGCCUCCACAAUCGCCCCGGCUUGCACAGUCGUCAGUACCUGGUGGAAUGACCCAUCCAUAUCUGCUCAGAUUGCCUCGUGGAUCACUCAAUUUCCACCAAUCCCGGACAACGCGACGGGUCAAUUUAGCACAUUCAGCUUCGCGUCAAAUGCCACGCAGACCAUGGGCAACACCACGUCGAGCAUCAUCAUGAGCACGUCGAGUUUGACAACCUUGACGUCUCGGACAUCCACGAUUUCCAGCCCUCCUAUCACGACGCCGUCAAUUCCCAGCGCCCUGCAAGACUUCACAGUGUUGGCCACAGACGACAAUGGCAAUGUGUACAGUGAAGUUUAUUCAGGAGCGGUCAUGGUAUCGUCUACGCUAGUCUCCUCGAGAUUACUUCCCACGUUGGGACCAAGUGGCCCCUGGUCGUUUGCGUCAUCUGGGGUAUCUCUGGUGACCAGAACCCCUUCGACUCCCCCCAUCUCUGCUGGCUCUGGCGCGCAUCCGACCCUCACAAGCAUGGCGGUAAGCUACAGCGAAGUCUCCAUAUUCACUUGUGACGGCGUGGCUGCAUUCGGGAGCGCAAGCUGUACAGACUCAUGGGGGCUCAAAACCGUGUCGACCACCGUUCCCAGCCCAGACGACCAAACCACAUACUGUGCCCACUGGACUGCGUUCACAACCACUACGAGCCCAGCGAUGUACGGUGUGCUGAACUGUGCAACCCCUGUGAGCGGGAAAGCCACCAGUACGGUCGCCACUGCGUGGAACUCGGGUCUUCCUUGGUCGCCGUUCCAGUUGGACACCGGCCCAAUCGACGCCUUUUGCCAGAGCUUGGUUGAUCGGAACAUCGUUUUCUACCAGGGCAUCGCAAUCACCGCCGCGUCGAGCGCAGGGCUCGUGUCACCGGGAGAAUGCGAGCAGUUUGCAUCGGUAGAUGGCUCGAAGUUCAGCUACAACCUGACACUAGGUCUUGCUUUCGACUUCAACGGGUGCCAGUCGCCAACAGGCACGCCAUUUGUCAACGGUGUUUCCAUGAAGGAGUACGGCGGAGAGAAAUGCGUUCAGACAUUCUGGAACCAUCUCAAUGAAAAAUGCCAAUUCUCGGACUCGGACGCAAAGAAGAGAGGCCUUGGUCAGUACACCAGGGUUGGGGGAAUGUACUGGGCGGACUGCAUGCGAUGGACCAUCAUCGCUGCGCGGAGUGAUUUGUCGCCACCUGACACUGUUGAUGGGAACUGA